UCGUUUGCUUGGCUGUCCAGCUGUACAGUGAGAUGGAUUUGGGAGUUUAUCGUCCACCUUUGUCCACAGGCUACCGGUCGGUGCCGUUGAAGAACAGCUACAGUGAGGAUCUGGAGUUGGCUUCUCUGCUGCUCCACAUUGAAAUCAUCAACGCCAAGGAAGAAGACGACGAGAACUUGUAUUCCUCCAUCCAGCAACUCCGGGACCGGGCAAACGAGCUCUCCAACCAGGUGUCCAACCUGGAGCACAGCAACAGUUGCGACGUGCGUUACCAGCAACGGCUGGAUGAGCUGAGGUUGGCUCAGGAGCAACUCAUGGAGCUGACCGAAGCACGCAAUAGGAAGUUGAUGGAGAAGAAGAAGCGAGACCGUCAGUUGGCCAACAAGCGUAACUGAGCGGCACCUGGCUUUCCCGGUGAGAGAUCGUGGCAUCUCUUCCUCCAAACCUUCCAAGAGACAUCCUUCAGGCCCACCAAAUCCUGCCUGCUGCGGGGACCACGGCCGCAGGGACAAGGCAGGACUUCUCCGGGUGUAGAAAGCAGGAAUCCCGGCUUACCAUUUUUUUUUCGCCCUCCGGUGAAACAGGCCGGCUCAACCCUUCCUGCGUCGGAGGGCUGCCGUUCUCACCGUCAUUCUCUUCUUCGACGACGUUGCAUCGGGGCUCCGUCUUAAUCCAUGUUUCUCCUCCUCCCCACCCCCAAAAUUCCUGGUGGAUCGGGAAGACGAGGCUUCAAUAUUAUUAUUAUUA